UUCAUUGUAGUCAAUAAAUAUUUUUUAUAGGUUAAUUUUACACCAUUCUUAAUAUAAACUUUGACUAAAAGUUGAAUUAGUGAUCGAAAUAGUUUGAUAAUUUCGCCAUACCCGAAUUUAAUUGUAAAUAAGACCCAUAAAGUAAUAAACGCCAUGCGGAUUCUUACUUUCAGUGUUCUUAAGAACUGCAAAAUAAAGACGUCAUUAUUUAAAAAUUUAAGUGUACAAGUUCAAGCCAAUAAUGAAAUUGAAAAAUUAUCAGACCCAAACCUGGUGGAUAUAUUACCAUCAUGGAAGGAGGACGAGGAGGUAGAGUUGCGCUCAACUGUUCUGCAACAUAUGCGGGUGUUGCCCAAUUUCGUUACUGAGGAAGAGGAAGCUGCUCUACUUGCAGAAGUGGAGCCACAGUUAAAACGCAUGCGCUACGAGUUCGAUCACUGGGAUAAUGCGAUCGAAGGCUUUCGUGAGACGGAGCGCAGCACGUGGAACGCGGCCAACAGCGGCGUGAUGGCGCGCGUGCGCAAGGUGGCGUUCCCGCCGCACGCGCAGCUGCUGCCGCACGCGCACGUGCUGGACCUGGCGCCCGCCGGACACAUCCGCCCGCACGUCGACGCGGUCCGAUUCUGCGGCGACACGAUCGCGGGCCUGUGCCUGCUGUCCAGCGCGGUGAUGCGCCUCGCGCACGAGCAGCGCCCGCACCUCGCGCUCGACGCGCUGCUGCAGCGGAGGUGCCUCUACGUCAUGACCGGCGUGGCGCGUUACGCGUUCAGCCACGCGGUGCUGCGCGGCGCGGAGGGCGCGUGGCGCGGCGCGCCCGUGCGGCGCGGCCGGCGCGUCGCCGUCAUCUGCCGCGAGCGGCCGCGCGCCGCGGGCGAGCCGUAGCCGCCCCGCGCCGCGAUUCAUAUUUUCUCUCGAGUUUUAUAAUGAUCCAUGUAAUGAGAACGAAAUACCCCCGUGUCAGGUAUGACAUUAUUAUGUAGAUAUAUCAUUUAGAUUUCUAAACUUCGAACUUAGAAUUGCAUGGAGAAAUGUUUCUCUUAGAGAGUAGUAUUAUUACAAAUAGUGUAAAUAAAGAGACAUAUUUUUUUACCCGAGAACCGUUUUGUAUUAUGUUAAAAUUAUUUAUGUAGU